AUGCCCUUACGCUUUCCAGACGCUGACUUGGACAAGAAGAACAACUUGGCCAAGGAGAGGAAUUACAUUCCCAACGUUGACAAGGAGAAAGAAAAGAACGACACAUCUACGCCAACGGGAUUGUCCUCUGGAUAUACUGUCAUUGGAGUUACUACCAUUGACACCACCGAGGGUUGGGAUACAGUAACUGCCAGCGAGACUCAAUCCACGAGCGACAUGUCGACAUCCGAUGAGCCUCUGACGGUAACAAAGACAGUGCCUAACCCUGUCGGAAAACGACCGGUGGACGAGAUUAUAUCUGAUAUCAUCAUGUCUACCAUCACUCAUGAAUUCAAGUCAAUAGUAACACUUGAACCGAGCUUGGAGUUGGAACCACCCACCACCAUCUGGAUAACCAGUCUCAAUCCUCCUCCUACCAACAUACAACCACCACCACCUCCUGUUACAUCUACCGCCGCACCAUCCUCCAAGUCUUAUCUGAGCACCAUCGAGCUAGUUGGCGUCAUAGUCGGAACCAUAUGUCUGGUACUCCUGCUAUGUCUCCCAGUGUGCUACGCUAUCUGGCGACGUCGACGCCCUCCUCCACCAUCAGAUAGUCAAAACAACGUCAAUAUCACAAUCCGCAACGGCGGGGUCUCUCGGUGGUCACACUCAGAUGAUUCGCGACCGACUCCCAUACCAGCAUCGAUUCAUUCGCAGGAAAAUAUGGCAAGAACAGAAGUCAUGAAGAGACCUAUCCGUGUCGCAAGCCCACCACCUCGCUACACUGACUACUGGAAGGGAGAGAAUGAGGAGUAUGAGAUGGGAGUCAGAGAUAAUGCGGGUGAAGCUUCGGGGUCACAGUUCGCUGAGGAGCAGCACUACAGUGAUCCGAAAGGAAAAGGAAAGGCGCGUGACGAUAACUGGAUUUGA